CGGCGUUUCCGCCCUCGGUCGGCCCCACCUCUGCCGGCCCGCCCUCGACUCCCCGCCGUACGGAGCAGCAGCCGGGGAUCCCGGAGUGGCGGAGCCCCCGCCCGCAGCGGCCGCCGCCUGGACGCCGGGGAGCCGCAGGAUUUCACAUCAAAAGAAGACAGAACCGUGUGCCUGCCCACCCCAAGCCUCUUGCUGGUGCUUUUAGGGGCCCCGGGUCCGAGACUCUGACCUUCACUGCACGAGUGAGGGUCUCUAGGAUUCCCACAGCCCGAGAACCAUCCAGCUGUGUGAAUCCCUGGUGCUGUUGCGCCUGAGAGUGAGGACUGGCUGGUUAGCAAAAAAACAAGAGCCCUCUGGGGCCUCUAGCAGAGGCCCGAAGCUGGAACCAUCAGGGAAUAUGAGUGAAUUUUGGCACAAACUGGGCUGUUGCGUGGUAGAGAAGCCCCAGCCGAAGAAGAGGAGAAGACGGAUUGACCGCACCAUGAUUGGAGAACCAAUGAAUUUUGUCCACUUGACUCACAUCGGCUCUGGAGAGAUGGGGGCAGGAGAUGGACUUGCCAUGACCGGUGCAGUUCAGGAGCAGAUGAGAUCCAAGGGAAACCGGGACAGACCGUGGAGCAGUUCUAGGGCCUUGUAGCUCCCACAGGCCUGGCUCUGCAGUUCCCAUUCCGUGUCCAGCCCAGAAGAAAUGCUGCCCACACCAGAUCCCUUCCACAACCAGUGACCCAAGGGCUCCACCUCUCCCCCCUUCCUAACAAGUGCCUCCAACGGCAUGGGGGCUGGACUCCCUCUCCUCCCUCUGGCCUCUGCCCCUCCUGGAGAUGGGCUCAAGGCAGCAGGACUGACCAAGUGUCUACUGGUAGGCCAGAGGAGUCAGCUGAAGCCCUGGGCACCCUAGAUCUGAGCUGGGGGUUCUCUGGGAAUCUGGAAUGAGUUCCCUGCUCCUGAAUGAAGGUCGGGUGCCACCUGUUUAAACUUCUUGCCUUUACUUUUUAAAGGAGGCGGGUAGGUGAGGGGACCACUGCUGCCUCCCUGCCCUCUUUCCGUCUGGAAUGAGCACUGCAGAGGCCAAGGGGCGGAGUUACCGCUGCCCAGUACACGCUGGAUUUCAGGUGAAAGCUCACAGCCCUCCACGUCUCUGCCGGCACCAGGGUCUUGGUCCAGUUAGGCCUCUAAUCCCGUGCUUCUGUAGUAUUAAUAGCUUCCCAGAAAUAUUCUUUUUUUUAAUUAAAAUUUUAAUUUAAGAUGAGUUCUUUUAAUUACCCCAUCCCGCUGCUAUCUCAGGCCUCACCCCAUCCCUUUGAGGGAUUUUACUGUUUCUCACUGAAUUAGAAGUGAGGAGCAGAUCUUAAUUUGACCACAUUAAAGACUGGGAGUCCUGGCCUGUCCUCUGUCAGCUCCCUGCUGGCCAGGUGAAAGGAAGAGGAGGGCCGUGUAUAAAAGCCAAGACCUCAGGGCGGACUUCCUGUUAGGAAUGCAGCGGUGGGGUGGACUGGUUGGAAGCCCUCUUCGAGCAACAGGUUUUGAGAUCCUUUAUGGAGGCCUAGCUUUUCAACCCAAACAGCUGAAAGCAGUGUGGGCUGCAUUUCCAGCCUACCCCAGUGUGGCAACCAAAAUGCCCCCAGAAAUUGCCAAGUGUCUCCUAGAGACAGAAUUACCCGCAGUUGAGAGUCAAGCGAUUUCCACAUGCCCCACCCUCCACCAGCCUGGUUGUUCGCCCUGAGCCUUGGGCGAGCUAGUGCCCUCACGGAGCGGGCUCAGCAGAGCUGCGCGUCUUUCCUUCAGAUGUAUUGCUUGUGCUCGCACGGGCUCAGGUUUCUGUGACAGACGUGUUCAAUGUGCCUCUGUGUUUGGUCUCUGCAAGAGGGCCUCCCACAGUGCGGAGACGCGAACAGGGUGAGCUGGGAUGAGAGAGGAGGGAUCAGGACUGCUGAGAACUGGUUAUGUGCCCACGUGCUGAGCUCCUCUGCUAAGGUCCUCAAACCCAGCGUAAGACUCAGGGACUUUGGUUGGAAGUGUCACUUGGCGUGGCACGCGGCUGAAGCUCCUGCUCUACAUGGGAGUACCGCAGGAGCAGAGUCUUUAGGCCCUUUGUUUUCUCAGGUCUCUUUGUUCUGGCCCUUUCUUUGCGGUCUGAUUAGAAAGGCAGAACAAGACAGAUGAGCGCCUGCCCCGUCCUAGAGAGGCGGGCUGGGGUCUCAUUAGCUCUGUAAUAGGAAGUUGUUGUGUGGCAGUGGGUUAGGGCUGUGGGAACUGGUCCCCUCCUGCUGACCCCGGGCAGUUUUACCCCUCACCUAGUGACUGAGGUUUUCCCUUGUCCAAAGCUCAGUGUGCUCCCUGUAGACUUUCAGACUCUAGCAUUGGUCGUGAAUGUCCAUUCCUGGCUCGCUUCCUUGCCAUUCCCGUCAGGCCUGCCUCGCUGGAAGCUCACCUGCUAGUUAGAGGCUACAUGACCACUUGCAGGCAUGGUGGACCUGUGCCCACCAGGCAGCGUGCUCCAAGGAAGGCCCUGAACGUCAGGUCCCAGUGGCCAGAGGUUGGACACUGGGGGUGAACCCCAAGCUCCAGUUUUGUUAACUAAUUGGGGCACAGUCUUCUCUUUCUUUGAUGGUCUCCUGCCUCAGGCUACCUUCUCUAAUGUGUAUGCCACCACCACUUACCAAGGUGAUUGGAAUGGGUUGACAGUCAUAAUUUAUAUUCAGAACUUGAUGGACUUUUAAGAUACAUUUUUCCAAUAAAAGAAUUAAGCAAAAAUAGUUGCAGAGUAAUC